ACACAACAACUUAGUUUCACUUUCCAAACGUCACGUGGAGGCGGAACUGAAAACACAGUUGAGGGCAUAUUCAUGUGAUAAGCUUUGAUCUGUCACGAGCACACUUCCGACUCUCUCUCAAUCUGAAACCCUCUUUCUUGAUGGUGUGAUUUCUGACACACCUUGAACAUCUGGUUUGUUCGGUCUCUGCAGCCCUGACGGACCCUGAUGGACCCGCUGGACUUCCUGAACCCCGAGCAGCUGCUGCUUUUCUUCCACUGCCAUAAAACGGAGCUGUCGUGCAUGCAGAACCCGCUCACCUUCCUCAGCCAGCUCAAGGAUUACAACCUGAUCCCGGACGACCGAUACCAGAAGGUGCGUCGCAUGAAGAGUAAAGACAACGUGCAGAAAUCCCUCUAUGAGAUUCUGGACUGGUUGGAGAGGGAGCGCUCGGAGCACAUCACUCUGUUCUGGACUUGUGUCUUCAAGGAGACCAUCAUCAACCUCUACCCGACGCUGCGGCUGCUGCGCAACAGCCUCAUGGACGGAUCCUUUCCUUUUAACACUCAACUGCCCGAGAAGUUGGAAAAGGAAGAGACAGACGACAGGAAAAGGAAGAAGCUUUCAGAGGAGGAGGAGGAGCAGGUGAAAUCAACGAAAAAGAAGAGGAAUCUUAGAAGCAGGAGCGCGUGCGAUGAUGAGGAGCUGCAGCCCGGUCCGUCGUCUCAGCUGACUCCAGGUCAGAAGAAAAAGUCCAAGAAAAUAUGCUUCUCGUCUCCCUUGAAGAAGGGGGAGCAGAGUGACUUUUGGAACUGGCCCCUUUAUAAGUCCCAGCUGCCCGUGACCUGUGGACUCCAGAAGGGGUCGCUGAGCAGAGACAGACUGGCUAAAGGGGAGAAGUGCAUCUUGUGUGAGAAGCAGUGGUUUACUCCCACUGAGUUUGAGAAGCUCGCCGGGAAGAGCAGCUCAAAGAACUGGAAGUUGAGCAUCCGAUGUUCGGGCACCCCCCUGGGAAAACUUAUAAAGGAAGGCCACCUGGAGUCAGGAAGCUACAAAGGAAAGCAUAAAAAGACGAAGAGAUCCCUGUUCCCGUCUGAUGACGUCGUCACAGUGUCCGAGGGAGAAGAAGAAGAAGACGAUGAAAAUGAGGAUGAUGAAGUUGACCUGGAAAACCAAGAGGACCAGGCUUCUUCUAGUGGUGAAGGAAAUUGCACAGAUGAAGACGGAGAGACUGAGGAGCACAGUGAGCGGCGGCCAGAGGGCAGCAAGACGGUGUUCAAAGUCACAUGUGGAGGUGUAGCUGGGACCUUACACCAAAAGCGAUUUGGAUCAGGGACUUGUGGGAAGAGUAUUCGUACGGAGACGAGGUGGUUGAGCCCCGUGGAGUUUGUGAAGGAGGCGUCAAGUCUGCCGGACGCCAGCUGGAAGAAAGACAUCGAGGUUGACGGAAGACCGCUCAGUGUCCUCAUAGAGGCAAAAAUCUUGAGGAUCCACUCGCUGCUGUGUUCUUGCAGACUGUGCAGUCCAGAUCAUAUAGACCUGGAGAAUCAGAAAAACGAUGAUGAGUGUUACGUCUGUAAAAGUGAAGAAGCAGCAGAGCUGGUGGUGUGUGAUCACUGCCCUCGCGCCUUUCAUCAGAGAUGUCACCUGCCUCAGGUAGACGACGCGACUUUGAGGGACAGCAGUCUAUGGAUGUGUACGUUCUGUGUUUUCCAAACCAACCACAAGUGCCGUUACAGUGAUAAGAUGGAGAUGAAAUCAGCCAUGCUCCGCAACAUAUCACAACACAUGCUGGAAUGUCAGUAUCUUCUCCUGUUUCUGUACAGUGCUGAUGAGGAACAAAAUUUUGCUUUAGACCCAAACCUCUAUUUGGAAAAUUACUCCACUGUUAUCCAGACUCCGAUGUGGCUGGGCAAAGUAGUGGACAAACUCCAGACGAAAGAAUACCAGACGGUUGCAGAGUUUGUGUCCGACAUCCAGCUCAUUUUCAGCAACUGUGCCUCAUACAACCACGCUAACGUCGAAUUCCUUGCUGUAGGCGACCGACUGAAGGAGUUAUUUAACGGAGAAUUUAAAAAGGUGUUCAACAUCUGUGAACAGUAGCUAAUGGGAGAAGGUUCGAAGUAUGUAAAAUUACAAUAAUGGUAGAUUUUAGUGACCUGUCCCUUGUAUUUAGUCCAAAUAACCAGGGGAUUUUUUUUACUUGUAUUAAUUCUUAUCCGUCUCAACUUGAAAGCUUUUUGCAAUGCAAGAUUGAAUUUGUAAAUGAAAGUGCUUAUAGGUCAAACAUAAAGGUCACACUCCAUGAAAGUGCAACAUCUGGUUUCAGUAUUCAGUAACGUCACUGCUGGUGAACAGUGGACAUGUCAUUUUCACUUCAUCCUCAUACGGAAACAAAAUUCAAUAUAAUACUAUAUGAAUAUAAAACUAUGUGUUAACGUGUUUCCUUUAGUGACGUUUUUAAAAGAAAGAACCAAAGGUUUAAUAUUUCAGUGGUUUUGCCUUCAGCACAAUAAUGUGUGAGUUGCUCCCAACGUUGUUUUAAUUGCCAUGUUUUUUUGAUACGAAUGUACGUAAUAAAAAUAGAGAAUGCAUUUCCAUUUCACUACACAAUAAUUAAAGUAUUCACUCAUGCUCUCUCUGAUGUGUAGCUUGUGGAUAUGUUUUAAUAAAUAUUUUUAAUGCCAUAUCCUUGACUUGUUUUGAUAAAAUAAUAAUAAUAUUCAGAUGUAAAUAAAUAAAUAAAGAUUGACACUUGCUAUCAC